AUGCCUAACGCCAACCGUCAGGCCAACAUUUUUAAUCAGGACAAUUCGACCGUUGAUCAACCAAGCUCAGACGUUGCUGAAUCUAACAACAAUGACAAGAACAACCAGCCGACCGCUACGACGUUCAACUUGUCACGUUCUUCGCAGCACAACUUAUGCAUCGCAGUGCUCGUCACCUGCAGAGGCAAAGAGCCACGUUAUCAGUUGGUCGUCUGA